CUCCAGUACACUAAAAAUGAAAUUCUUCGUUGCCAUCGCCCUUAUCGCCACCGUGGCUUCGGCCGCCUACGUCAAGCCCACCGGUGUGUCUGCUGAGCUGGCCGAGAUCCAGGAGAUCGUCGCCGCCAUCAACAGCCCCAGCACCAACCCCGCCACCGCUGCCGCCCUCGAGGAGAUGCUCUGGGAUGUCCUCGGAGUCAACCCUGAGCCCAUCUCCGUCGGACCCGCUAUUGUUGACUUGCCCGCCCCCAUCGUUCCCACUCCCGUUAUCGUCGCCCCCUCUCCCGUCGCCCCCGUGCCCGUCAUCGUUGCCCCCACACCCGUGGCUCCCUCUCCCAUCGCCCCCGCCCCAGUCGCUGUUGCUCCCUCCCCAGUUGCCGACGCUACCAGCGCUGCUCUGGUCCAGAUCAUCUUGAACAUCAACCAAGCCGCCGCUGAGUCCAGCCCCGUCGCCCCCGUGGCUACUCCUGAGCCCGUGCAGGUCAUUGAGACCGCCCCCAUCGCCGUGAACCCCGUCGGUGUCGUGGAAGCUUCUCCUGUGCCCGUCCAGGUUGUGGAGGUUGCCCCCGCUCCCGUCCAGGUUGUGGAGGUCGCCCCCGCCCCCGUCCAGGUCAUCGAGGCUGCCCCUGAACCCGUCAUCAUCGGCGUUCCUGUCAUCCCCUCCCCCGCUAUCAGCCUCCCCGAGGAACUUAACUAAUGAGUUAAUAAGUUUACGGUAAAAUACAUUUGUAACCUACCAACUUACUGAACAUGAAUGUGAUACAAUAAAUUUUCUGCACUCUUCAAAGA